AUGUGUAUUCCUUCAACUGGGAUAAGGGAUUCGGCGAUUGACAACGUUGUGCGCAGCCAAGCCAAGGCGUCGGCUGCCACCCGUGGCCAAGCCCUUGAUCACCAGAAUCAUGAUACCUUCUUGAAGUACCAGUCGACGCUGAAGGCGUUGGAUAUUCUCGCACUGUACUAUAAUCUGGAACCUGACUAUAAGUGUCGUGAUAUGGAACAGAGCAUGGCCCACCAUCGUGACCCAAAUAUCCUGCUUCGCCUUGACGCUGCCACUCUCGCGGACUUUAAGCAGGAUAAGGAAGUUGUUUCCAUUAAUUAG